AUGGCGAUAUCAGAAGGAAUUUUAAACGAGAAUAAAUCUUCCAAUAAGAAUAUUUCUUCGGAAAAUAUUAAAAUUCGUGAAUUUAUGGAUAAAGAUAGUGAUGAUGUACAAAAAAUUUAUGUUAAUUCUAUGUUAGAUUCUACUAUGCAACAUUUUUAUGUUCUUAUUCUUUGGAUAGUUUUAACAUAUUUCACUAUAAAAAAUAAUGCUUCCCAUAUAACAUUAAUAGUAUUUGUAUUUAUUGGAUGGGGAUUCUUUUUAUAUAUGAAUGCCAAUGGAUUUAUUACCAAUAAAAUAUGUAAUGAAGCUCAACAAUCUAUUCGUCAUGAAUUACAUGAAUUAUCUAAAAUGAAAUAUAAUCUUAUUGGAUUUCUUGAAUUUCAAGCAACACGUGUGUCCAAAAAACGGAAUUCAUUAAUACCAUUAACAUCACCGUUAUUACCACAAAUAAAAUAUUUAUGCGUAGAUUCAAAUUAUAAAAGACAAGGAAUUGCUACUAUGUUAAUGGAACAUGCAAUAAAAUAUGUAUAUAAGAAACAAAUUAAAAAAAUUAUGGUAAUAACUUCUACUUGGGAAGAACCUGCAAUGGAUUUAUUUUAUAAAUUAGGUUUUAUAGAAAUUAUGAGAAGUUCUAUAGUUUAUGGAUUAGCUCAAAGAGUGAAUAUGGCUUUAGAUGUUGAUUUAUGGUUUAGACAUCGUAAAGCUAGUAAAUUGAUUAACUAUAUUUAA